GCGGCAGCAGCAGCAGCAGCUCGGGCGCCUGGCGGGGCCGGGCAGGGGACGGCGUGUCCCUGUGUGCCCGCGCACACGCCCCGGGAGCCGGCGCGCAGGCGGGGCAGUGGCCGCCGCUAGUGCAAGAAGUGGAUAAACUACAAUUUCAAUACCAUAAUCUUAUUCAGAAUUAUUUUUAGCACUGGGAGACUGAAUAUUCUCCUUCUGGAGUUAUCGUAUGUCAGAAUUGUCCAAGGCUUUGUAAAACUGUUGCCCAAUAGAUGAAUAUGGAGACACAGCUAGACCCCAUGAAGGAUGACUUGCCUUUAAUGGCAAACACUAGCUACAUGCUUGUAAAGCACUAUGUGUUGGACUUGGAUGUGGAUUUUAAAAGUAAAGUUAUUGAAGGCAGCAUAGUUUUGUUCUUUGAGACUGGGAGCCAGUACAGGAGCACCAGCAGUGCUGGCAAAGAAUGCUGCCAGUCAGAGUUUGAUGAAACCUGUAAAAUGAGGGCAUCUGAACCCUGCCACAUUCCUAUGAUAAAUGUUAGUACCUGUUCAUCUAAAACUGAAUGUAAUGAUUUUGCUGUCAGUGGUAAAGAAGAGGAAGCUACUUCCGAUGAAAACAGUAACCAUAGCAACAGUGAACAGGCUUCUGGGAUUUCUAGUUCAAAGGACUGCUGUGACACAGAGGAUCGUGGAAACAAGGAUUUUCUGCUGGUAUUGGAUUGCUGUGAUUUAUCUGUACUAAAGGCUGAAGAGGUAGAUGUUGCUGCUGUGUCAGGCAUUGAAAAAUUUACAAGGUCUGCCAAACUAACUGGUGUUCCAAAGGAGCUGGAAAAUCUCAGGAAUCGGAUUGUACAUGAACUUGUGAGUUUACCUGCAGAUCGCUGGAAGGAACAGCUAUACUAUUUUACUCACUGUAGCCAGGCACCUGGCUGUGGGGAGCUUCUGUUUAGUACUGGCACCUGGAGCUUGGAGAUAAGGAAAUCAGGAAUUCAGACUCCAGUGGACUUUCCUCAUGCAAUAAGAAUAUGGUACAAAACCAAGCCAGAGGGAAGAUCUGUCACAUGGACUACAGACCAGAGUGGCAGAUGUCAAAUCCUUUGCCAAAGGAGUCUAUGCUGUGCUUCCAACCCUGAAGAAAAGUAUAUAACAAAGCCCUGUGUUUAUACAAUGGGAUCACCAAUAAACAACAGAGCCCUCUUCCCAUGCCAAGAACCACCCAUUGCCUUGUCAACAUGGCAAGCCUCAGUCCGAGCAGCUGCAGACUUUGUUGUGUUAAUGAGUGGUGAAAACUCAGCAGAACCAGUCCAGCUUCAAGAAGGUAUCUUGAGCUGGUACUACUAUGUGUCUAUGCCAAUGCCAGCAUCCACCUUCACUAUUGCUGUGGGGUGCUGGCAGGAAGUUAAACAGCAGUCCUUCAAACAAAAAGCUGCUAUUGGAAUAAACACUGAGUUUUCCUUGCCAUCAUCACAAACUGAUUUAAGGUGGCAUGAAGAAAUCUGUGGUCAUGUGGAAUAUCCCUGCCGUUUCCAAAAUCCUGCUGCCAGGUUGCAAGCAGUCAUUCCUUAUAGAGUCUUUGCUCCCUGGUGCCUUAUGGAAAGCUGUGAAGAACAUUUGCUUCAGCUAAUUCCUCAGUGCCUCUCAGCUGCUUACGCCACACUGGGUACCCACCCCUUUUCCAGGCUUGAUGUUCUGAUAGUUCCUUCCAACUUUUCCAGCCUGGGAAUGGCUAGCCCACACAUCAUCUUUCUGUCACAGAGUGUACUGCCAGGAGGAAGCCAUCUCUGUGGAACACGUCUGUGCCAUGAAAUUGCUCAUGCUUGGUUUGGACUGGCCAUUGGUGCUCGUGAUUGGACAGAAGAGUGGAUAAGUGAAGGGUUUGCCACUUUUUUAGAAGAUAUAUUUUGGGCUAGGGCACAACAGCUAUCACAUGAUGAAAUAAAAGGGCAACAGGAAUUGAAAGCUUUACUUCGCUGGCGCCGACUCAGAGAUGAAGUGCAAAACUCUGAAGAAGAGCUGCAAGUUUUAAGGCCCAAAAAGGAAAGCACAGGAGAACUGAGUGAGUCUGGAGCCUCUGUUGUCAAAUAUGGUCUUAAAGCAGAAAAAAUCUUCAUGCAGGUUCAUUAUUUGAAGGGUUAUUUUCUUUUACGAUCUCUGGCAAGGACGAUAGGAGAGGUCUUAUACCUUGCAUCUUUACGGAAAUUUGUCAUUAAGUUCCAUGGGCAGCUCGUCCUUUCUCAGGAUUUUCUUAGCAUGCUGUUGGAAGACAUUCCAAAACAAAAACAGUCUGAGUUAACAGUAGAAAGUAUCUUCCAGAACUGGCUGGAUACUUCUGGAAUACCAAAGCCCCUGCUGGAGGAGGGAGAGACGUGGAAGGAGUGUCAGCUCGUCCAGCAAGUGAGCAGCGAGGUCACAAAAUGGAUUCAGACAAACCAGAGGAUCAGAAAAAGCAGCAAAAAGAAAAUGAAGCAGGAUGAAGUAGUUUUCCAGCAGCUUCUCCCUGAUCAGCUGGUCUUACUUCUGGAGUUCCUUUUGGAGGAGAAGACAUUGUGUCCUAGAAUACUGCAGUGCUUAGAGAGAACAUACCAGCUCCGGGAGCAAGAUGCUGAGGUUCGUCAUCGGUGGUGUGAACUUGUCAUUAAACACAAAUAUGAGCCUGGGUAUGGAGACAUUGAGAGAUUCCUCAGAGAGGAUCAGGCUAUGGGUGUGUAUCUCUAUGGUGAAUUAAUGGUGAAUGAAGAUGCAAAACAACAAGAACUUGCAAGGAAAUGCUUUGCUGCAGCACAAGAACAUAUGGAUGCAUCCUCAGCCAAAGUGGUGGCAGAGAUGUUAUUCUGAAAAGUGGCUAAGUUCUGCACCUGAAGAGAAGGGAGAGGAGACUCUGCAGGGCAGAGAGCAUUUGCUGCAUGAGAUCCCUUGCUGCUGAGUGAGCAGAUUUGUAAUGAAUGCAUGUGUCCAAGGUGCAGUGUAUGGAGAGUAAGAGGCAGAGGCAACCUGGGAGGGACCAAAGAGUUUUAGUUUUAAUUGAGAAUAAAUAGUGCUCCUUAAGUUCUCAGUCUGAUUGCAAAUGUAAAGCAUUGCUUACAGUAAUUUGGUUACCAUGCUUUCCUAAAGGUCAGAGGAAAUAAUGUUUGUGACUUUAACCUGAAAUUGUCAAUAAAGCUUUUGUUUUAUAGUCUUCUCUUUAAUGGAUGCUGUCAUGAUCCUCUCUGCAGUUUUAGCAUAGCACUGUGUGUUGUUUGCAGGAAAUGGUGGCAGCUCCAGUCGGAAACAACUUACAGUUGCUGCUGUUGUUCCAGGCUGUUGAUGGACCCGUCCUCCGGUGCCUACUGAGCUGAUAUCAGUUCUGAUUUUACACACUGGCUCAGUUCAGCAGGAACAGGAGUCGAGCCCUAGAGCAAAAAACAAGAUGUACCUUUCCUAAGAGUCUUUGAGAAAUGUUGCUGUUUUCUCUCAAAAACUGAAUCAGUACACAUUAUGAUAUCGUGAUGUUAGACACUAAAUGGCCUAAGGUGGAAAAGCUACCUCAGUACUGUUUAAGAGGACUGUUGGCUAAAGAUGAGAAGGUAUGUGGAUAUGUAGCACAUCACACAGUAUUGCUGUGGUAACUUGCCUCCAACAUGUAACCUGCUAAUAACCAAGAGAGUUAAUGCUUCCACAAUGGAUCCCUCCAUGUCUUCUCCAGACCUUGUUGUGGUAGCUUUAGGAAGCUAAAGAGAUCAUUGUUAACUCUGUAGCUACACUAGUUACACUCUACUGGUAACCUAAAAUAUAACUCAAUUUGGAAAGCUGGAGCAAUCAAGAAUGCACAGAUACUCCUUCAUUGUGACAGAGUAAUAACUUUAAACGCUGUUUCCGUUGCAGGAAAGAUCACAGACAACUCUUUUAAUAGAUCUUCUACUAAACCCCGAUGGUACUAGGAUUUCAUUGACCCAGGACAUCAAAGGAAGGAUUAUGUGACUGCUAAAACAAUCAGCUGACAGAAAUAUUUACCUUUCUGUAUUUCUAGAGGUCCAUUGUAACUGAGAACACAUGCACACAAAACAAACUACACAUACACACGUUAGUCUGAUUCUAGGUAAUUCUUUGAUACAAGAAUUUUGGCAUUUAUCCUUGCACAUUGGUAAUACAAUCAUUCUGGUUUGCAGAUGCCAAAGAUUCUUGAUUGGAACAACUUUAUUAAUUUGGGCAUUCUGAAAAUGGAUGAAACUGUCUUGUGUACUUAAAUUUUUGUUUGUAACUUCUAUGUCGUAUUUAAAAAACCUCAGUAUAAAAUCAUCAGGGGCUGGGGUGGGGCUCUUAAGAUUAGAUAGAAGCAGAAAUAAACUGUGGAAAGUUACCUGCCAUCAUCCUGGUGAUGGGAUGGGACUGAAGAAAAAACAAAGAUCAUCAUGCUCUCUCUGUCAUGUUUAGGUUAAAUUUUACUAGAAAUGUCAGAUGUCCCAUUUUCUGGAAGUGUUUUUCAUACCCUUGUGAUGUUUCUUUUGCAAUGGUAUGUCAAGUGUAUCUCUUCUUCCCUAACCAGUGAAUCUCUACAUUUUUAGAAGAUAUCUUAAUUAUUCCUUUCAGAGAGUUAAGAAUUUAAACCACAAAAAUCUCUUUACUUCCCUUGCACUCUAUUGUCUUAUAUCAAAUCCUCUUUGAUACUAAUAAAAUUAUCAAAAUAAAUUUUUUUUUCAAGUACA